AUGGCAGCCUCCAAGACGGUUAGGCUAUGGCUUGAAUUCUAUUACCCACCGCCCGGCACCCUGUACUGCACGUCUUUCCGGCUUCUCAUCGACCUGAACGGAUGCCAAGUCAUCACAGACCUCAUCAGUCUGAUCCGCCAGCGCUUCGGCUUCAGUUCCGGGGCCCUCCUGGGCCUCUACUUGGAGGGGGCACUAUUGCCCCCCGCCGAGAGGUGCACCUGCAUUAAAUUAGAAGAGAAAGGAAUUGCUGAGAGUCCUGUAACAGUUAGUAAUGGGAAUAGUACUCGUUUAUUACCUAGAAAAGCAAAGAAGUGGGCAUUUAAGUUGGACGAAGGUGAAGAAACUGAUCUAGACUACAGAAAUUCAAAGAGGCAUUGGAAGAGGCAAGAGAACAAUAACAGUGAGAAGACCUUGGAUUUAGAACCGAAAGCCGCCACAGACCAGAGGGUGAGUAAAAAAAAGAGGAAAAACAAAGCCACGUGUGAUGCAGUGGAGGUUGAUGAUGGAGAGACUGCAAAAAAGUCGCCAAAGAAAAAGGAGAAACGUGAAUAUAAAAAACAUGCCAAGACUCCCAAGUCUUCUAAAGCACAGUCUGUGAAAGAGUGGACCCUCCAGAAGUGCAGCCCUAAAGCUCUUCCUGCUAGAAACAGCCUUGUGGAAGCCAACAGGAAAGGUGGCCUGGUCGUCCGUACAAAACACAGUCCUGAUUCCUCCUUGGAGUCUGAGUCUUACCAUGAACCAACCAGUGAUGGUCUCAGCAACGUCAUCUUAGAGGUCAGAGAUUCCUCAGAGAAAAUCUCGACUGACGUGUCAAAGGACGGAUCCCCUGUGAAAACCACAGCUACAAACAAAGUGGUUCCAAAAACUGGUUUUACCUCUGUCCCUGUCAAGGGCAAGACCUCCAGAACAUCAUCUUCUUGUUCAGACUCUAGUUCAGAGUCAGACGAUCAAUGCGUGAUGCUAAAAAGCACCCCAGAGUGUACUGCAGAGUUCUUAAAGACUGUAGGCCUCUUUGUAGGAAGAAAUCGUCCAGGGCCAUCAUCACAGGCUCCAAACGCCUCUGGAUGGAAGCAGUCGGACCCAAACAGUCCUCUGUCCUCCCCCAACGUGACUCUACCCGCUAGUCUGGGAAGAGGUUGGGGCAGAGGAGAGGACCUUCUUUCCUGGAAGGGAGCGAGGGGGCGGGGUUUGCGGGGGAGAGGUCGAGGAAGAGGGCAUGCUGUUCCCUAUGUUUUAAAUAGAAACGCCGACUAUCAGAAGCAACAACAGUUGAAUGAAAUGGUGACAAACUCAUCUACCAUCAUCCAGAAUCCCAUAGAGACACACAAGAAGGACUACAGUCUCUUACCACUGUUAGCAGCUGCUCCUCAAGUUGGAGAAAAGAUUGCAUUUAAGCUUUUGGACCUAACAUCCAAUUAUUCUCCUGAUGUCUCUGACUAUAAAGAAGGAAGAAUAUUAAGCCAUAACCCAGAGACCCAGCAAGUAGACAAAGAAAUUCUUUCAUCCUUACCUGCUAUGAAAGAACCUGGGAAAUUUGAUUUGGUUUAUCACAACGAAAAUGGAGCUGAGGUAGUGGAGUAUGCUGUGACGCAGCAGAAGAGGAUAACAGUUUUUUGGAGAGAGUUAAUUGAUCCAAGACUGAUUAUCGAAUCUCCGAGAAACACAUAA